AUGCAUAAGAAGAGAAGAUAUAUAGUUCAAGUUUAUGAGCUGAUAACAGAGGACAGGGCACAACAUCAGAAUGCAAACAGAUGGCAAUCGUCUGCACUGAACAGAGAUAGUGGCAAGCCGUUUACUCGGCUCAGAGAUAGAACAGGUGCACUGCGAAGCAAUGGACGUGAAUUUGAUCGAGACGAAAGACUUCUGAUGGAGAAACAUCGUGAAACGUUGAAUACAAAUGAAUUAGAGACAAUAUUCGAUGUUGUGGAGAGGUGA